UUGUCAGACCAUUACGAAUUGCAGAAGGUGACCCUGGAUGACUUGACCAUCGCAUCACUAUGCUGGGGCUUCACAUUGGGAUUCGGUUUUCUAACAACAUGGAAAGCCAUGAAGCAAACCACGGCUAUGUUUCGACGUUACGGCGUGUUGAAGAGUAAUGCUUAUGUGUGGAUGAUCUGGGCUGAGGUUGCCGUCUGCCUUUCUUUCAGUAUUAUCUGUUGGCUGUAUCUGAGAGGCAUCAUUGCUCCAAGUUUCGCUUUCUACUUUUCGAUCUUGACGCUUUGGGCCCUGCAAGUUCAGUUCCUGCUGCAGAUUAUCAUCAACCGUGUUGCUGUGCUCAUGCUAGACCGCAAGAAGGCGAGAAAUCUCAAGUAUGGUGUCGCUGCCUUCAUCACACUCAUCAAUAUCUCGGUGUAUUGUAUCUGGGUGCCAGCAAGACUGCAGAUCAGCGAGAGGUACAUCAAAAUCAACGACGUAUGGGACCGAUGCGAGAAGGUCAUCUACCUGAUCGUGGAUGCUAUGCUCAACUUCCUCUUCGUUCGCGUCGUUCGUCGUAAUCUUGUCAAGCCCGGUCUUAAGAAGUACGAGAGCUUGGUCAGAUUCAAUUUGUACAUCAUUGGCUUCUCUUUGGCAAUGGAUGUCCUCAUCAUUGCUAUGAUGUCCUUGAAGAACUCUUUUGUAUACAUGCAGUUUCAUCCGCUCGCAUAUAUCGUAAAACUCAACAUCGAGAUGACUAUGUCAGAACUCAUCUCCAAAGUUGCUCGAGCACAGAAC